AAUUAAUAUUUGUUUCAUUCUCAAAACGUUUUACACAACUGUAUAUGUCCCCUGAGAGUGAUCUUAAAUGUAUUCUUUAUUGAUGUGUUAUAAUAUAAUUAGAUACUGUCAUAAGGCAUACUGUAAUUGUAAAGCAAAACCUAUAAAUAUGCUCUGUUUUAAACUAAUUAAAGUGUAUAUUGUAUGCAUCUUUUCCACAGUCUUAAUUUGUAAUAAGUCCAUUUUAGUCAGUUGUUAUACUGGAAGGUUUUCAAAUUUUUUUAUGGCUUAAUGAUUGCACUGCUGAUAAAGAAAAUACUAAAUUCCCCUAUCAGUAAAAUGUUGUCAUUACUGUCCCUGCCUCAUACAGGAAGUUACUAGAGGUGUUGUGAGAAGAGACGUUCACGUAGUCCCAUUCUGAGAGCAGCAAGUGUGACUGAGGUAAUGCUUUACAAGUCUUGGUGUUUUAAGCAGUAGUGUAUUUCCACUCUACAUCAAUUUCUUCUCAAGAUGACCAGCACAGAGUCACCCUCUAUGUCCCUCCAGUCCCUGACCAUCAUCCCAGCAGACAUAACCACCAUACCAGCCAACCGCAGUCACAUUGAGCUCUGUACAGUGGAAUCCCAACAUGUUUCCAUCCCUGUGAUCCUACUCCUGGUCUUUGUGGUUGGCUUCCUCCUCAACAGCUUCAGUCUGUGGGUCUUCUGUUUCCAUAUACCAUAUUGGAGCUCUGGCACCAUCCUGCAGUUCAAUUUGGCCCUGAGUGAUGCCCUUGGCACCCCUGCAACUCCCUUGAUGGCUGUAUACUUAACCAACGGCAGCAAGUGGACAUUUGGACCGUUACUGUGCGUAUUCAAGAUCGCCCUUCUAAGUGCACACUUCUUUGGCAGCAUCCUGUUCCUCAUGCUCAUCAGCAUUCAUCGUUAUGUGGCGGUUGUCCAAUUCAACAAAAGCUCCCGUAUGAAACAAAAGGAGUUUGUAAGGAAGUUAUGUGGUGGAGUUUGGUUGCUGCUUCUAGUAGAAGCUCUUGUCCUAUCUUCCCUUCUUCCACCCAGUAAGGAGGGAGGUAGUACCCAAUGCCUGACCAUCCAUCAGCAUAAUCUGACAGAUGUCUACUUUGUCAUUAACUUCUUCUUAUUCAUUUUAGGAUUCCUUCUGCCUUUCUCAGUGGCGGCAGAAAGCUAUCGUCGUCUGGCAAACUCAGUGUCUCAACUCAAUAUCAACUCAGCCAGGGGCCUUGCCAUUAAGAUAAAAUCACAGAGGAUGAUAGGUAUCUGCUUAGUGAUAUUUGGGCUCUGCUUUCUACCACUCAAUUUAGUGCGUACACUAGGGGUAGUGGUAAACAAAUACAGUAAAGCGUGUACAAUGCUUCGACAUUUGGAUACGGCAUAUUAUGUGUCAUUCAUCCUGGCAGGUGUCAAUAGUUGCCUGGAUCCCCUGCUGUAUUGUUUUGGGUCCCAGACGUUUAGAAAGGUAUUUCAGGGUGGAUCCUUCAGGGUGGGUCAGACGAACACUCAAAGAAGUACAACUGAACUUUGAGUGAGUUGGAGACAGAGGUUGUCAAUAACACUGCAAUGUUAUUGAAUAUAUCACAUUCUAUGUACAGCAUGCUGCUUUCUCUGUUUCAUAUUCAUGUCUCAUUGAUCAUUUUUAACUGUUAAACUAAUAAUUGUUUUUUUAUUUUCAUUGUGUAUGAAUUGUUAUCAUAUUUUGUAAUAUAAUUAUUGUUUCUGUGAUCUUUUGCUUUUAUUUGAGAAAAAAGCCCUUGCACUUGAAAAUAAUGUAUGAGGUCAAUACAUGUUCA